AUGAGCGAUUCGUACGAAGUUGAAAGCAUAAUCGGCCACCGAGUCGUAAAAGGAAAAGAAAAAUUUCUAAUUAAAUGGAAGGGAGAAGAAGAAUCAACUUGGGAGCCGAUAGAAAAUUUAUUCGGCUGUAUUGAAAUGGUGCGCGAAUAUAUGCUCAAAAAGGAAAACGAAAAAAAAGUACUCGAUCAUAUACUUGGUUGUGGCCAGCGCAAUGGCAAAAAAUACUUUUUGGUGCGUUUCAAAAACGAAAAUGAAAACAGAUUAAUUGAUUGGGAAACGGCCAAAAAGUACUCAACAAACGUGAUGGAAUAUUUUGGCUCACGACUAGCUUGGACUUCAGUGGAAAAUAUUAUAGAUCCACACGUUGAUGAUGAAGUAGAUCACGAUGACGAAUCAUUUCAAUUGCCUUCAAAAAGCAAGACGAUGCCAUCAACAAGCAAUGCACCCAACGAUAUCGAAUACGAACACUGA